AUGUCCAUCAUUGGUGACGGUGAUAAUGUGAACAUGGUGCCAUUCCAUCCCCCAUGUAAAGUCAACAGAAGAGGAGUUAUACAAAAUAACUUAAUAAAAGUUAAGGCAACCGAUGCAACAGUGCAUCAAAACAGGACAGUUAAAUGUGGACUCUUAAAUAUUAGAUCUCUGUCAUCUAAGGGUGUACUUGUAAAUGAUUUAAUAUCAGAUAAUCAUAUUGAUUUAUUUUGUCUUACUGAAACCUGGCUGUGUCAUGAAGAGUACGUUAGCCUUAAUGAAUCAACUCCUCCAAGUUAUAUUAAUACUCAUAUUCCUCGAGGCACAGGCCGAGGAGGUGGAGUAGCAGCUAUCUUUGACUCAAGCCUAUUAAUAAACCCUAAACCUAAAUUAAAUUACAACUCAUUUGAAAGCCUUGUUCUUAGUCUUUCAAACCCGAACGGGAAAGCAUUAAAGUCAAUUUUAUUUGUUAUAGUGUAUCGUGCACCAGGUGCGUAUUCUGAAUUCCUAUCUGAAUUCUCAGAGUUUUUAUCUAGUUUAGUCCUUAAGACAGAUAAAGUUAUUAUUGUAGGGAAUUUUAAUAUUCAUGUGGAUGUGUAUAAUGAUAGCCUUAGUACUGCGUUUGGUUCAUUACUAGAUUAUAUUGGCUUCUGUCAGUGUGUACAUAAACCGACUCACUCUUUUAACCAUACCCUCGACCUUGUUCUGGUUUAUGGUAUUGAAGUAGAAAAUGUAAUUGUCUCUCAACAGAACUCUCUUUUAUCGGACCAUUUUCUAAUAACCUUUGAAUUUGUUCUACCAGAGUGUACGCCAUUAGGCAAAAGUUUCUACACUAGAUGUCUAUCUGAUAAUGCUGUAGCUAAAUUUAAAGAAGCGAUUUCUUCAGGGUUUUAUUCAGUACCAUUGCUCAAUAUAACAGAGGACUCCUACGCUAGCUUUAGUCCGUCUCAGAUUGACCAUCUUGUUGAUAGUGCUGCAUGCUCACUGCGAAUGACACUAGACUCUAUAGCUCCUCUAAAAAAGAAGCUAAUAAAAGAAAGGAGGUUUGCUCCAUGGUAUAAUCCUCAAACCCGCGAUUUAAAGCAAAUAUCGCGAAAACUUGAAAGGAUAUGGCGUUCCACCAAUGUGGAUGAAGCGCGGUUAGUCUGGCGAGACAGUCUUAAAAUAUAUAAGAAGGCACUCCGUAAUGCUAGAGCAGCCUAUUAUUCAGCAUUAAAACCUUCCACCUGUCUCUUAGACCCGAUUCCGACUAGGCUGCUUAAGGAAGUUUUACCUUUAAUUAGCAACUCCUUAUUAGAAAUUAUCAAUCUGUCUUUACUGACGGGCCAUGUACCACAGGCCUUCAAACUAGCUGUAAUUAAACCUCUUCUUAAGAAACCUACUCUAGAUCCAGAGGUGUUGGCUAACUAUAGACCUAUAUCUAACCUUCCGUUCCUCUCUAAGAUCCUUGAGAAAGCAGUAGCAAAUCAGCUCUGUGACUUUAUGCAUAACAAUAGUUUAUUUGAGGAUUUUCAGUCAGGAUUUAGAGUGAAUCAUAGAGAGACGGCACUGGUGAAAAUUACCAAUGACCUUCUAAUAGCUUCAGACAAAGGACUUGUCUCUGUACUUGUAUUGCUAGACCUUAGUGCUGCAUUUGAUACCAUUGAUCACCAAAUCCUAUUACAGAGAUUGGAGCAUCUAAUAGGCAUUAAAGGAACCGCACUUAGCUGGUUUAAGUCGUAUUUAUCAGACCGAUCUCAGUUUGUAUAUGUAAACAAUGAAAGCUCGAUGAAAACCAGGGUUAGUCACGGAGUUCCACAGGGGUCUGUUCUUGGACCUAUUUUAUUUACUUUAUAUAUGCUUCCCUUGGGGAAUAUUAUCAGAAAACACUCAGUAAACUUUCAUUGUUAUGCAGAUGAUACCCAGUUGUAUCUAUCAAUUAAGCCAGACGAAACUAACCAGUUCUCUAGACUUCAAGCAUGUCUUACGGACAUAAAAACCUGGAUGACCUGUAACUUUUUAAUGUAAAAAACAGAAGUUAUCCUACUAGGUCCAGAUCACCUUCGAAUUCAAUUAUCUAACGAUAUAGUUUCUCUAGAUGGCAUUGCUCUAGCAUCCAGCACUACCGUUAAGAACCUUGGAGUUAUCUUUGACCAGGAUCUGUCUUUUAACUCUUAUAUAAAACAGAUCUCAAGGACAGCCUUUUUUCAUUUACGUAACAUUGCGAAAAUCAGGCAAAUCCUGUCUCAAAGUGAUGCAGAAAAACUAGUUCAUGCAUUUGUUACCUCUAGACUAGAUUACUGUAACUCCUUAUUAUCAGGCUGCUCUAAUAGGUCUCUUAGAUCUUUACAGUUGAUCCAGAAUGCUGCAGCACGUGUUCUAACAAAAACUAAGAAAAGAGAUCAUAUUACUCCAGUAUUAGCUUCUCUGCACUGGCUCCCUGUUAAAUCAAGAAUAGAAUUUAAAAUUAUUUUACUUACCUACAAAGCUCUAACUGGUCAGGCACCGUCUUAUCUUAAGGAACUUAUAGUUCCAUAUUACCCAACUAGAGAGCUGCGCUCAAUCAAUGCAGGGUUACUUGUGGUUCCUAGAGUAUAUAAAAGUAGGAUGGGAGCCAGAGCCUUCCCACACAGCAGUAGACUCCUAUGCGGAUCCGCAUAG